CCAAUUGUUUAAUUUUUAGAAUUAAAAAUGAAAUGAGUUAUUAAGCUAAAAAGUAGUUUAGUAAAAAUUUAAAGCAAUUACUUGUGGUGUAAGGUGCACAAAUUUAGUUAAAUAAAAUACGGCUCCUAAUUGGAAUUUUACAUGAGUUAUGUAGUGCAACGUCAAGAAAACGAAUACCGAGGCAAAGAAAAAAGUCUGAAUUUUCCCAAACAUCCCUCAAACCAAUUUCACACAAAAUAAAGUUAUAUGCAACAUCAUAACAAAAAAAAAAUAACUAUUUCUAACUCUGGCCUCCUAUUAUUUGUAAAAAAAAGUAUUUAAUUGCAAAAAUAGUCAGGAUCGAAAAGUUAUCGGGCGGACGGCACACGCCUACAAGAGUGUGUGUUUGCGUUGUUGACCGCUGUGUUGGCGGUGUUUGCAAUGGAAAACGAAUCUGUUAAGUCAGAACACAGCGGACGAUCUAGACGUUCUCGCAAUCACAAUAAUAAUAACAGCUCUAGCACUGGCGGCGGUGGUUUAGGUAAUAACGGCGGAGGUGGCACUGUAAAUAACGGUUAUCAUCGGGAUCGCACAAGGCAUUCGCAUCGUAGUGGACAUACAAAAUCAAGUGGUAAGCACCAACGUGGCGAUAUGGCACCGUUUCAAACGAGCGUAAAUAUGACAGGUGAAGAGAAUCGCGAUGGUCAAGAAAUAAUCGAGGUACAAAUACUACCGCAAGACGAAAAUUGGGGUGAAAACACAACAGCAGUUACUGGCAAUACAUCAGAACAAAGCAUAUCUAUGGAAGACAUUAAUAAUGCAUGGCAUCGAGAAAACGAUACGAGUUUUGGAUUUGCUUGUCGACGACGUUUGGAAUCAGCCUUUUCACUCUUACUAGGAUUUGUAUCGUUCUUCUCGCCGGUAGCCAUGGUGGUAAUGCCACGCAUGGGUUUCUUUCCAUCUGCUUUCGAUCACGCCGAACUCACGCAAACGGUGCGCACACAACUCUUAGCAUGUAGUAGCGAAUGUAAAGGCUUGCUGGUGUCACUAACUGCACGACUUAUACUACUGGCAAUCGGCUUGUGGGCGCUAUUUAUGCGUCGCUCAGCCGCUACUAUGCCACGAAUAUUCCUGUAUCGUGCUGUUGUGCUGUUGCUUGUCACCAUUUGCACAUUUGCUUAUUGGCUGUUCUAUAUGGUGCAGGUCACUAAUGGCGCCAAAGUGGUGGUGGAAACAGGUGGUGAUGCAGUUAAUUACAAAUCACUAGUUGCCUAUGCAACAAAUUUGGUAGAUACGCUGCUCUUCAUACACUAUAUUGCUGUAGUUUUACUCGAACUACGCCAUCAACAACCCAUGUAUUAUGUCAAGAUUAUACGUUCACCAGAUGGUACAUCCCGCUCUUAUAUGCUGGGUCAAUUGAGUAUACAGCGUGCAGCUAUUUGGGUACUUCAGCGAUAUUACGUAGACUUUCCGAUAUUUAAUCCGUAUCUAGAGCGCAUACCGAUUUCAAAAUCACAACGCAAUAAAAUCUCCACUAGUUUUAAAUACUACGAAGUUGAUGGUGUUAAUAAUGCACAACAGCAGAGUCAAAGUCGUGCCGUAUUAGCGGCCAAUGCACGCCGACGCGAUUCAUCACACAAUGAACGCUUCUACGAGGAACACGAAUAUGAACGCCGUGUCAAAAAGCGGCGUGCGCGCCUUAUCACAGCCGCAGAAGAGGCAUUUACGCAUAUCAAACGCAUACACAAUGAACCCGCACCAGCAGUGCCACUUGACCCGCAAGAAGCGGCACAAGCGGUAUUUCCAUCGAUGGCGCGUGCCCUGCAAAAAUAUUUACGCGUCACACGACAACAACCACGACACACAUUCGAAAGUAUAUUAAAGCACUUGGCGCAUUGUCUCAAGCACGAUCUGUCGCCACGUGCAUUCCUUGAGCCAUACCUAACAGAGUCGCCAGUAUUGCAAAGCGAAAAGGAACGCCGUUGGGUACAAUCGUGGUCGUUAAUUUGUGAUGAACUUGUAUCACGACCAGUCUCAAACGAAUGUACAUUCCAACUGAUACAAAACGAUGUCUCACUCUUAGUCUCCAUACACAAGUUGCCGCAUUUUAAUAUUGCCGAAGAGGUUGUCGAUCCAAAAAGCAAUAAAUUUGUACUGAAAUUAAACUCUGAAACAUCGGUAUGACAGCAAACGACUGCAAAUAUGACACCGACACCGACGCACAGCAAUGUAACGCAAUCCUCAUAUUUACACAUGUUUGUAUAGGUGCCAAUCUCAAUCUCAUGCGGUCUACUACAUAUUCAUACUAUCUACUCUUACUUACAUACAUAUAUAUAUUAUAAACCCGCAACAAUGGAAGUUGUUGUUGGCUAAACAUUUUCAAAAUGCUCACUAUUCCCAGUGUAUCCUAAUCAUUGACACGCACACAUAUCAAAUAAGUAAUAUCAACGCUGUUCUAUGUAUAAUCCUAUCGUAUUUCCGAAGUAUUAAUAGUGACAGCCAAAAAGUAAUAAUGCAUUAAUUUUAAGAAUCUCACAUUGGGUGUAAGUAUUAGGGGUUUUAAAUAGCUUUUUUAAGAAACAUAGAAAUAGAAACAGACAGAGAAUGGAGAAUUUUAAAAUAUGGUAAUAUCUGUAAUUUUUUAUUUAAUUACGCUAAAAGUGUGCAUAUGCCAACUUAUUUUAUGGACUCAAAAUAAACUGUACGGCGUGUAAAAUGUUGGCUUUAAGGCUUCAAUC